AUUAAAAUGGAAAGAAGUAUGGCGCUUGCGGAGAGAAAAAAUCAGAAUCCCAAUAAGUCGAAACCCGACCCAAAAGAAAAAAAGUCAUCUAAAAAAGGGAAGAAAUCAAAAAACACUGAAGAACAGGAGGACAAGACCAAAACUGAAGAAACACAAGAAGAAAUUGUCCCAGAUCCAUUAAAAGAAGAUGCAAAGAUUCUUCCUGAUCUUGUAUCAAGAAGCUCAAUUAUAAGUGCAUUUGAAUCUGAUGGAAGUCGAUGGUUUCUGUUAGUUUCUGUAGCAUUGCUCAACUUCUCGAAUACGUGCUCUUGGAUUGCGUAUGCACCAGUUGGCAACUAUGUCAACGCCUUAUAUGGGGAAGAAUCUGCUGCCUGGUUCUCCAUGAUCUACAUGUUUGUGUCAGUUCCAUUUGGAUUUAUCGGGAUGUAUAUUGGCAGUAAAAACACACUCAAUGUCCCACUAAUCGCAGCUUGUGUUUUAAAUGCUAUCGGAGCCUUGAUCCGUGCUCUAUCUACGCAACCUCAAGUGGAUCCGCAAAAUCGUUUUCCCAUUUGUCUUCUUGGACAAUCGAUUGCAGCAAUGGCAUAUCCAUUCAUCAUGUUUCUUCCAUCGAAAAUCUCGGCUACAUGCUUCCCGCCAUCUCAACGAACAAUUGCUACGACGAUUGGUGUUAUGGCUAACCCAUUAGGCGUUAUGGUUGUAAACCUGGUAGCACCACUUAUAGUUCAAUCGUCUGAUGAUGUCUGGAUUUUGAAUGUCAUUUUAUUUAUCAUCUGCUUUGUUGCUUUAUUUUUCGCUGGGUGCUCACUUGGUUGCUUGAAACCUGAUGAAACGAAACAACGGAAAUCAAAUGAUUAUGCUACCAGCUGCGGGUCUGUUUUUGGAAACCUCAACUACGACAUUCUAAUGUUUGCUCUUGGAGGUGGAAUCGGAAUGUUUAACAGUUUGUACACGAUGAUGCUGCAAAUGUUGUGCCCUUCUGGUUAUGGAAACCAGGUUGCAGGGAUUUGCGCAGUUCUCAUGAUCGGAUGUGGAAUGAUUGGUGCAACCGUUGCGAGUAUCUAUGUCGAUAAGCAUAAAAAUUACCGAACAGCUAUGAUCGUACUCAUGAAUUUCGCUGUUAUCUUUGGAGUUGGAUUUCUCUGGAUGUCAAAAGUUCCAAAUAUGUCAUUGAUUCUGUUUUUCAUAUCAGGAGCCUUCGGAUUUUGUGGACUGGCUGCCUACCCUGUUGGAUUAGAGCUUGCUAUUGAAUGUACAUAUCCAGCCGCUCCAGAAGUUUCCUCAGGUUUUAUUGUGCUCGUUGGACAACUAUUCAGUGUGCUGAUUGUUGCAAUUAUCAAAAUCGGCGCGAAAAGCCUAAGUUUUGUUGAUAGCGAUUUUGGAGUGGAGGCAUGUCGGGCGCAUGCAGAGGACGCCAUCAAUGUUCCAAAGAAUUAUGAUAAUCCAAUUAUUAUCAUCACAUUCAUUGCUGUUUUAAUUGCCAUCGUGGUUUGGUUCUUACGUGAGGAUUACCGACGACUAAGAAGAGAGAUGACUAAUGCUCCGAACAGAACACGCACAACGGUCUCUACCACCACAAUCGUUGGUGCCACUACCCAAGAAUCGGAUCCUCUUAAUCCGUCGACAAGUGAACAGCGAUGAACGAUGGAAUAUGGACAAUUAUUUUUGUUAGCCAGCAUCUUUUUUUAAUGUCAAUAUUAUUGUUAUUACUAUAUUUUGUUCGAAACUGAUUGUACUGGAAUUGUUCAAUACGGGACGAUUAUUAUUAUUAUUUGAAGUAAACCAUUUCACUUGAC